GUUGCGCGCCCGUAACCGUCGCUCGCGGCGGUUGUUCCCGUUGCUGCAGAGCGCCGCGCUCGGGCCCCGGUCCUGCUGCUCCGCGUGAGGCGCCUCCUGCCCGGCCCGGUGCGGGCGGGCGCCAGGUUCCUUUCGGAAAAUGCCAAACCGGAGGUUUGCUGAUGGUGAGGUGGUGAUGGGUCGUUGGCCAGGAAGUGUCCUCUACUAUGAAGUACAAGUGACUGGUUACAACGAUGUUACUCACCUUUAUACUGUUAAGUACAAAGAUGGGACUGAACUUGAGUUGAAAGAAAGUGAUAUAAGGUCACAAUCAUCAUUCAAGCACAGGAAAAGCCAGUCGUCUUCAAGUUCUCCUUCCAGAAGAAGUGCUAGCAGAUCUCGAUCUAGGUCUCCAGGGCGGCCAGCAAAAGGCAGACGUCGUUCUUCCUCCCAAAGUAGAGAACGUAAAGAUGACAAAAAGAAAACUGUUCAGGAAACCAACUUAGUUCUCCUGAAACUGAAUGAGAACAACACCAGAAGAUACAAUGGUGAACCUGACAGUACAGAAAGAAACGAUACUUCCUGCAAAAUCUUAGAGCAAAAGUUCAAACCAGACCUGGAAAUACAGCGUGUGCUUGAUCAGUACAGCUUGCAUCCAAGAAAAGAAGAAAAGAAAAAAGAAGAGAUAUAUUCAGAAAAAAAGAUUUUUGAGACAGUAAAAACUAUUCAAAAACCAUCACCAAAAACAGAGGAGCUAGAGUUUGGUGGAAGAAUUGGGACCUUCGCUAUGAUAUUUUUUCUGCCCGCUACGGUGUUCUACCUGCUGUUGAUGUGCAGACAGGAUGACCCCAGCCUUAUGAACUUCCCGCCGCCUCUGCCAGCUCUGGAAAGUCUUUGGGAGACUAGGGUGUUUGGUGUCUUCCUUCUGUGGUUUUUCCUUCAAGCUCUGUUCUACUUACUGCCAAUUGGAAAGGUUGUAGAAGGCCUGCCACUCUCAAACGGACGGAAACUUCAGUACAGGAUAAACGGAUUUUAUGCUUUUGUUUUGACUGCGGUAUCUAUUGGAACUUUAAUGUAUUUUCAAUUUGAACUUCUCUAUCUUUACGAUCACUUCAUGCAAUUUGCGGUAUCGGCUGCAACUUUUUCUAUGGGAUUGAGCAUUUAUCUGUAUCUUCGGUCCCUGAAAGCACCAGAGGAAGACCUAGCACCAGGUGGAAAUUCUGGGUAUUUGGUUUAUGAUUUCUUUACUGGACAUGAAUUAAAUCCUCGUAUUGGCAGUUUUGACCUCAAAUACUUCUGUGAAUUGCGUCCAGGACUGAUUGGCUGGGUCAUUAUCAACUUGGCAAUGCUCUUGGCUGAGAUGAAGGUACAGAAUCAAAGUAUGCCAUCUCUGUCGAUGAUACUGGUGAACAGCUUUCAGCUUCUUUAUGUGUUGGAUGCUCUUUGGAAUGAGGAAGCCGUUUUGACUACAAUGGAUAUUACCCACGAUGGAUUUGGAUUCAUGCUGGCAUUUGGAGAUUUGGUGUGGGUUCCAUUUGUCUACAGUCUGCAAGCCUUCUAUUUAGUCCAUCACCCUAUUGCAGUUUCGUGGCCUGCUGCUUCUGCAAUUACUAUUCUGAAUUGUAUUGGGUAUUACAUAUUCCGUAGCGCAAAUCAUCAGAAAAAUAAAUUCCGAAGGAAUCCUUCAGAUCCUAAAUUGGCCUAUCUGAAAGUUAUACCCACUGCAACUGGAAAAGGGCUGCUUGUCACAGGUUGGUGGGGUUUUGUUCGUCAUCCUAAUUACCUUGGUGACAUCAUCAUGGCUCUAGCAUGGUCUCUGCCCUGUGGGUUUAAUCAUAUUCUACCGUAUUUUUAUGUGAUCUAUUUCAUCUGCUUGCUCAUUCAUCGAGAAGCUCGUGAUGAACUUCAUUGUAAGAAAAAAUAUGGUUUGGCAUGGGAAAGGUAUUGUCAGCGUGUACCAUACCGCAUAUUUCCUUACAUCUAUUAAAGCACUCCAGAAAUCUGAUUUGCAAAUUACUUCUAAAGAUAGUUUCUUCGCAAAUAAAAAAAAUACCUCUUACCUUUGCACUUGGUCUGUUUGUUAUUUAGGCUUUUUAAAAGAAAAAAAAGACCAAACACUGGAGUGCAUCAACAGGUAUUUACAAGUAAUCU